CUGCAGCAAGGCGGAGAGGCCAGUGGUAGCUGGCGGCAGAUGCGAUCCGGACCAGUAGACAGUGCAGCAGCUGAAGAAGGAAAAGGAGACAGAACAGCGGUGCAGCGGCGGGGAGCUGUGUGAGGCGAUGAUGAGAGCAGCGGGGAGACGCUGGGAACGGCGGGAACGAGCCCUGCUGUGGGUCGUUCUGGUGACGGCAUGGAAUGAGGCGUGGGGGCAGCUGCGCUACUCGGUUCCUGAGGAGCUGCCCAAAGGCUCGUUCGUGGGUGACGUUGGCAAGGAUCUGAGGCUGGACCUGCCGGCUCUCGGCGACCGCGGCGUCCGCGUCAUCUCCGAAGGUAGGACGCAGUAUUUCGCCCUGCACGGGAAGACGGGUCAUUUGGUGACAGCAGAGAGGAUAGACAGAGAGCAGAUGUGCCGACUGGUGGAGAAAUGUGUGCUGAGCUGUGAGGUAGUUGUAGAUGGGGAAAUGCAGGUUUACGACAUCGAAGUGGAGAUCACGGACAUUAACGACAACGCACCCAGUUUCCAGGAGAAAGAAACGGAAAUUAGAAUGGGUGAGAUGACAGCCCUGGGGUCGCGGUUUCCCCUGGCCGAGGCUCACGAUCAGGACUCGGGGCCGAAUUCCCUGCAGCGCUACGAGCUGAGCGGCGACGAGCACUUCUCGCUGGCCGUGCAGGCGGGCCCUGGCGGGGAUCAGCGUCCCGAGCUGGUGCUGGAGAAGGCGCUGGACCGGGAGGAGGCAGCGUUUCACGAGCUGGUGCUGAGGGCGAGCGAUGGCGGAGAGCCUGCGCGGACGGGCACGGCGCGGAUCCGCGUGUUUGUGCUGGACGCCAACGACAACGCGCCCGUGUUCAGCCAGGCAGAGUACACGGUGCGUGUGCCCGAGAACGUGCCCGUAGGCUCUGUUAUAGUCAACCUUACUGCCGUUGACGCUGACGAGGGUCUAAACGGACACGUGAAAUACUCAUUGAAGAAAACGAAGGACACUGCAUCCCAGAUUUUCCAGCUCGAUUCUGAGACGGGAGCGCUCACAUUAGUGCGGAGCCUGGACUUCGAGGAAGGAUACUCCUACGAACUUCAAGCUCAGGCACAUGAUGGUGGGGAACUUUUCGACACGGUACUUGUCAUUAUUACCGUGACAGACAUCAAUGACAAUGUCCCCGAGAUUUCGGUGAGGUCGUCCCUGAGCCAGAUCUCAGAGGAUACACAGCCGGGGACGGUGGUAGCACUGCUGCACGUGCAGGACAGGGACUCGGGGGCGAACGGGCAGGUGCAGUGCAGCAUCGGCGAAAAUCUCCCGUUUCGGCUGGAGAAGACCUUUAAGGACUACUACCGCGUGGUGACGGCGGGGCAGCUGGACCGCGAGAAAGUGUCGGAGUACAACGUGACCGUGCGGGCGGUGGACGGUGGGUCGCCGGCGCUGCAGAACAACGUGAUGCUGGAGCUGCGGGUGCUGGACGUGAACGACAACGCACCCGUGUUCGCGGAGACGAGCUACAGCGCCCGGCUGGCCGAGAACAACGCGGCGGGAGCGCUGGUGCUGACGGUGCGGGCCACGGACGCGGACUGGGGGCAGAACGCGCGCGUGCGGUACCGGCUGUCAGAGGGGCGGGUGCGGGGCGCGCCGCUCUCGUCGUACGUGUCGGUGCAGGCGGAGACGGGCGCGCUGUACGCGCUGCGCUCGUUCGAUUACGAGGAGGUGCGCGAGGUGCGGCUGUGGGUGUGGGCGGAGGAUGGCGGCGCGCCGGCGCUGAGCAGCAACGUGUCAGUGCUGCUGGAGAUAGUGGACGAGAACGACAACGCGCCGCAGGUGCUGUACCCGCCGGCAGCGGCGCCUUCUGCGGCGGUGUCGGGCUGGUCGGGUGUGGAGCUGGCGCCGCGUUCGGCGGAGCCCGGAGCGCUGGUGGCCAAGGUGGUGGCAGUGGACGCGGACGCGGGGCAGAACGCGUGGCUGUCGUACGAGCUGGCCAAGGCGACGGAGCCGGGGCUGUUCCGCGUGGGGCUGCACAGCGGCGAGGUGCGCACGGCGCGCUUCCCGCUGGCCCGCGACGCGGCUCGCCAGAGCCUGGUGGUGGUGGUGAAGGACCACGGGCGGCCGGCGCUGUCGGCCACGGCCACGCUGACGGUGGUGCUGGCCGAGAGCGUGGCCGAGCUGCUCUCGGAGCUGGGCAGCGCGGCGGCGGCGCCGGGCGAGCCGGCUGCCAGCCUCACGCGCUGGCUGGUGCUGGCCGUGGCGGCCGUGUCCUGCCUCUUCCUCGCCUUCCUGCUGCUGCUGUUGGCGCUGCGCCUGCGGCACUGGCGCCGCUCGCAGCUGCUGGCGGCGUCGGGCAGUGCCGCCUUGCGCGGUGUACCGGCCUCGCAGUUCGUGGGCAUUGACGGCGUCCGCGCCUUCCUGCACUCGUACUCGCACGAGGUGUCUCUCACCGCCGACUCGCGCAAGAGCCAUCUCCGCUUGUCCUCUGGCAGCUGCUGCGACACCCUCCCGGCCCGUCCUCCGCCCGACGAACCCGCUCAGUUGCUCUUGAAUGAGUCUGCUGCCACCCGCCAUUCUGACCUUGCUGCUUCCACGGUAGAAAUCCCUGACUUACGGAUCACGGCUCCUCCGUGGCGCCUGUGCCGUCCGUGCGAGGUGGCCGUGGGCAAGGGCGGGCGGGCUGGCAGCGCUCUGCAGCUCUCGAUGCCUGUAGUGCCAGUAGGAGACUGCGGGCGCCGCUGUUGA